AGGGUUUGUUGCAAAAAAACGGAGGGAGGAAACACGAAAUAUAAAGGAAAUAGUCUUGGAAACCUAUUUACAUAAACGUAUAACCCUAAAGAAACUGUUGCUCGUAUAGUAUACUUUCACAGUUCACACCAUGAAAGAAAGCAGGAAAUCCUCCUACAAAAUGACUAAUAUCAAUUGUGCAGCACAUGCUAGGAGAAUUUUCAAGGCAAUGGAUGAUAGCAGACUAAGGAAAGAUUUAUUCUUAUUGCAUAAACGUAGUUUACAGCGUUCAAAUUGUGAUAUUGCUGAACAGAAAUACCAGAUGACAAAUACACAAUCAGGAACAUUUCAAGAAGAACUGGGCUUUCUAUCAAUAAGGAAUCAAACAAUUGGUCACAUACCGUGUUGCAAAUGUAGUAUUCCAAUUGUUCCAAAUAAUGUGAACAUGUGUAAGAGAUGUAUGAGGGUGGAGAUUCACAUAGACCAUCUACCAAGUCAUGUCAAUAUUGAACAUUGCCCGGAUUGUAUGAGCUAUUUGAAGCCGCCAAAAACUUGGGUGAAAGCUGCGAGGGAUUCGAAAGAGUUGUUAUCAUUUUGUCUUGGAAGGAUAAAGAAAUUGUCUGAGUUUCGGUUGGUAGAUGCAAUACUUUUGUAUACAGAACCUAAUUCGAAGAGGAUAAAGCUGAAACUCCUAGUUCAAAGGGAAGUCAGCGAUGGAGUAUAUGUUAAGACAUCCCAAGUGAUUGAGUAUGUUGUUUUUCAUCGACUGUGUCCAUCUUGUACACCAGUGAACCAGGAUUACUGGGAAGCUGUUGUGCAAAUGAGGCAAAAUGUUCGUCAAAUGCGCACAUUGAAGUACUUGGAGGCACUUAUUUUAAAGCAUGGGGCAUCAGAUUCAGCAGUGAAAAUUGAGCAGGUAGAGCAAGGUCUUGAUUUUUUCUUUGCUAAGAAGAGUGAUGCUGUGAAAUUCUUGGACUUUGUUUCUAGUGUUGCUCCAGUUCAACCGCAAAACAGAUUUCACAAGCAAUUGGUGUCUCAGGACUUGAAGAGCAACAUAUCUCGGUAUAAGUACAACAUUGCUGCUGUUAUCAGCCCCAUUUGCCGCGAUGAUCUUAUUUAUUUAUACCCUAAGCUUUCUUCUAGGCUAGGACAGAUUGGCCCCCUUGUGAUUUGCACAAAAGUGAGGAACAAGAUCACUUUAUUGGAUCCUUUUACAUUGAAGUUUUGCACUAUUGGCGGGGAUCAGUACUGGAGAGAACCUUUCGCACCUAUAUUUAGUACGAAGCAACUAGUUCAAUACAUUGUCUUGGAUGUUGUAAUUGUUUCUUCUCAAGUUGACAGCAAAUUUCUGAGAUAUGCACUAGCUGAUGUAGAAAUUGCAAGGGUGUCGGAUUUUGGAAAGAAUGACAAGAUCAUUUCUGUACGAACACAUCUUGGUCAUCUUUUGAAGCCCGGUGAUCAUGCUCUUGGUUAUGACCUAUAUGGAGCGAACUUCAACAACAGCGAAGCAGAAGAACACAAAGCUUCAUUUCCAGACGCGGUUUUAAUACAGAAAACGUACCUAGAGAAGUCGCAGAGGAAGAUUUCAAAAGCUUGUUCAGAUCUGAACAAGGUGAAUGAUUCAGAUUAUGAUAAACAGCUUCUGAGUAGUUUGGAGAAUCUAUCAUUGUGUGGUAGUGUAAAAGAUGAAGGUUCACAGGAGAUGGAUUCAGUUACAGCUGAUACAGUGCCGUUUAGCGGAUUGGAAGACAUAUUUGCUGAUCUUUACUUGAGUGAGAGUGAUCCUGAUGACUGUGUCACUGAUGCAGAGUGAUACUUUAUAAGCAUUAGCUCUACAAAAGAUACCUGAACAUUUUUGCUUCAGUUCAUUAUAACUUAUACACGUUUUUAGUAAUAUUAAUAGGAUAAGGAGUACUUUUACUAGAAA